CGGCACGAAACAUGUACGUGUUCCCAAACGCCAGAAAGCCCCACCCACCGCCUCUGUCUCUCUCAGUACACAUUCGCUUUUUCUCCAAGCGAUGUGCUUUAGAAGACAUUUAUAUCUUUCUACCUGUAUAUAUAUAAUCCUAUCACCACAAUCUUCAAGAGGCUUCGAUCCUUUGUGUUGUUUUUCUUUUCUUCAACCUCGAUCGGCCAUCUGUCUUCUCUCCCAGUUCUAGCUCAUUAGUCGGUUUUAAUUCCUUAAAUAUUGUCUGUUGUUUAAUUCAAAUUUCCUUUCUCUUCUCCGUUGAUUCUUUCUUAAUUAAUUCAGCAAUUCCUUCCCAGAUUGUCUUAUAAAUUUGGAGAAAGAGAAACUUUUGCUUUAUUAAGAUAAAGAAGAGAGAAUCAAUGGAGGAAACAAUUGACGUAGAAAGCCAAACCUCUGAGAGUAUAGAUGAUGAUGAAAUAUCCGAUGCAGGGUCCGUAAUCGAAGAAUCGACUCCUCCAUCUCCUCAUCCGACAUCUCACAGUUUGUUUGCGCGGGACGGGUUGGCGGCGGUCGGAGAAGGGAGCAUAGAGCACGACGUGAUCAAGAAUGUGUUUCUUCACGGCAUGGGAGAUAUUUGCAAGGAUACCGACGUGGUAGCGAUGCACAAGAGCUCUCCAACUACUUCAUCUGGCUUGGCGUCCAAGAAAGCGAGGCUGGACUCGUUCCGGAUUUUCUCUGAGGCGAUGGCGAACAAGUGCGGCGGAGACGCCAACACGAGGUACGCAUGGUAUGGCGGCACGAGGGACGAUAUUCGGGAAAUCGUCAAGUACGGAUUUAGUCAGUGUGCGAGGCCCUCGCACGGUCCGUCCUAUGGUUUUGGGCUCCAUUUGGCUCCUGCCAAGUUUGCCAUUGAUGGUGCCGCAUCCUCUGCGGUAGAUGAAGAUGGGUUGAGGCAUGUUCUGCUAUGCCGGGUGAUAAUGGGGAACAUGGAAACCGUUUGUCCUGGUUCCAAGCAGUCUCAUCCAAGUUCACGAAAUUUCGACUCCGGCGUUGACAAUCCAUCGGCUCCCAGAAGAUACGUCGUCUGGAGUGCUUUCAUGAAUUCGCACAUCCUUCCCGCUUACAUCAUAACUUUCAAGGUCCCUGAUCAUUGCUUAACGCGUAUUCCGAAUUUGCAGCCAAAUAAUCCGAGACCAUCCACGCCAUGGAUGAGUAUUCCUGCUCUAAUGACCGUACUUUCAAGGACCUUAAGUCCUUCUAAAAUGGCAUUGAUUCACAAAUCUCACAAGGAUUUUCGGGCACUCCAGAUCUCGCGACCAAGAUUUAUACAGAUGUUGAGGCUCACUGCCGGAGACGAGUUAUUAGCUGCAACAGUAAAGCGUUACAGGCAACACUAGGUGCGUUUAGCCCCUAGCUAGUGGAUUGUUAUUUUAGAACAUCGGCCAAGGGAAAUGAGUCCAGAUCAUCAAUUUUUUUGUAUUAAUUUCCAUUUUUUUUCCCCUAAAAAAGUUACUUUUGUUUAUGUAUUUGUUACGAUGGGUAUUUGUUGAGAAGCCUCGCCACCUCAUUUGUUUCUUUCCUUUUAAUUUGAUGUACCAUUAUUUAUCACUUGAGAAAAAAAGGGAAAAAGAAAGAGAGCAACACAUUUGAGUUUUGUAUUAUUAUUUAGAUAUUAGAUUUGAUUUCUCUUGUGGUGAUGAAGAUAUUUCACAAAAUUAAGUUUGCAAACUGACGUGGAUGCAUAUGGUACGCUCGAUUGUAAAGUUAUUUUUACUGUAAAGUAAAUCUAAUAUUUCACAUGAAUGUUAAUUAUUUAUAAGUUUA